CUUUACAAAAUAAAUUUUAAAAAUGAAAUAUUAAAUGAACCACUAAAGAGCAAAUUUAUAUAUAUGGUCAGGCAUGGAUAAAUUUGAUAGUUAAGUGAGUCUGCUGGAUGCCACGAGGUGGCGCUGCAGGCUUAAGAGAUGGUGGAAUAAUUCAACUGGCAAUGCUGCAGAAGUCACAGACAAAAAAGGGAAGAUCUCGGAAGGUAGACGGAGAAAAGCUGGAGUGACCCAAGAUUGAGCAAAGAAAAACAAACCAGACCCCUACUACUGCAAGGAGGCGAUCUGGGUUUUGUGAUCGCUGUUCUUUCGUGCUGGGAGCUGUGGUUGCGAUCAAUUCUGAUAUAUGACAAGAUCAGGAGAAGCUAUGGAGUCUGGAGGUUUGCACUGCAACAGACAAAGGCAAGUCCUGUUUCUCUUUCUUCUUGGGGGAGUAUCAUUGGCAAGUUCUGAGUUUGGACGAUAUUCAGUGACAGAGGAAAGAGAGAGGGGAUCACUUGUGGCCAAUCUCGCAAAAGAUCUGGGUUUAGGGGAGCAGGAGCUGAUUGCGAGGGGAGCCAGGGUGGUUUUGGAUGAUAACAAACAACACUUGCUCUUAGAUGCUCACACUGGGGAUUUGGUGACAAAUGAGAAACUGGACCGGGAGAAGCUUUGUGGCCAAAUUGAGCCCUGUGUGCUGUAUUUCCAGAUUUUAUUGGAUAACCCCUUUCAGAUUUACCGGGCUGAGCUAAGGAUCUGGGACAUAAAUGAUCAUUCACCAGUGUUUCAGAACAAAGGGAUGGUUUUAAAGAUAUUAGAAAAUGCAGCUGAAGGGACAGCAUUUAGACUAGAAAGAGCACAGGAUUCAGAUGCAGGAGUUAAUGGUAUCCAAAACUAUGCUAUCAGCCCGAACUCCUUUUUCCAUAUUAAAAUUAGUAAUACUGAAGAAGGACUUAUAUAUCCAGAACUAGUGUUGGACAAGACACUCGAUCGGGAGACACAACAGAAUCUCGUUUUAACACUCACAGCAAUGGAUGGAGGGUCUCCACCCAGGUCUGGGACAACCAUUAUACACAUUGUCAUUGUGGAUGUCAAUGACAAUGCCCCAGAGUUUUCUCAGGCAACCUAUGAGACCCAGGUUCUGGAGAAUAGCCCAGUAGGGUCCAUCAUUGCUAAAGUUUCUGCAAGAGAUAGUGAUUCUGGAAUUUAUGGAAACAUAUCCUUUUCAAUUUUUGAAGCUUAUGAAGAUAUUAGAACAACCUUUCAAAUCAAUCCUUUUUCUGGGGAAAUUAUGCUUAAAGUGUUGCUGGACUAUGAGCUAAUAAAGUCUUAUAAAAUAAAUAUACAAGCAAUGGAUGGUGGAGGGCUUUCUGCAAGGUGUACAGUUUUGGUAAAAGUAUUGGACACCAAUGAUAAUCCCCCUGAACUCAUCAUGUCAUCAGUAGCCAACGAUGUGCCUGAGAAUUCCCCUGAUACUCAAAUAGCUGUUUUUAAGAUUAAAGAUAGAGACUCUGGAGAAAAUGGAAAGAUGAUUUGCAACAUUCAAGAUAAUCUGCCUUUCCUUCUAAAACCGUCUGUGGAGAACUUUUACAUAUUAAUGACAGACGGAGCACUAGACAGAGAGAGCCAGGCCGAGUACAACAUCACCAUCACAGUGACAGACAUGGGCACCCCCAGGCUGCAAACACAGCACACCAUCACAGUGCUGGUGUCAGACGUGAACGACAACGCACCCGCCUUCAGCCAGCCCUCCUACACCCUGCUGGUGGGCGAGAACAACAGCCCCGCCCUGCACAUAGGCAGCGUGAGCGCCACCGACCCCGAUGAGGGCAGCAACGCCCAGGUCACCUACUCGCUGCUGCCGCCCCAAGACCCGCAGCUGCCGCUCGCCUCGCUGGUGUCCAUCAACGCGGACAACGGGCAGCUGUUCGCGCUGCGCUCGCUGGACUUCGAGGCCGUGCGCGCCUUCGAGUUCGGCGUGGGCGCGUGGGACCGCGGCUCGCCCGCGCUCGGCAGCCAGGCGCGCGUGCGCGUGCUGGUGCUGGACCGCAACGACAACGCGCCCUUCGUGCUGUACCCGCUGCAGAACGCGUCGGCGCCCUGCAGCGAGCUGGUGCCCAGGGCGGCAGAGGCGGGCUACCUGGUGACCAAGGUGGUGGCGGUGGACGGCGACUCGGGCCAGAACGCCUGGCUGUCGUUCCAGCUGCUCAAGGCCACGGAGCCCGGGCUCUUCAGCGUGUGGGCGCACAAUGGCGAGGUGCGCACUGCGCGGCCGCUCAGCGAGCGCGACGCGCCCAAGCACAGGCUGCUGGUGCUGGUCAAGGACAAUGGCGAGCCGCCGCUGUCGGCCAGCGUCACGCUGCACGUGCUGCUGGUGGACGGCUUCUCGCAGCCCUUCCUGCCGCUGCCCGACGCGCCUGCCGACGCGCCUGCGGACGACCGCCUCACCGUCUACCUGGUGGUGGCCUUGGCCUGCGUGUCGUCGCUCUUCCUCUUCUCCGUGCUGGCCUUCGUGGCCGUGCGCCUGUGCAGGCGGCCUGGCCCUUCCGCGGGGGGGCCCUACCCGCUGCCCGACGCGCACUUCCCGGGACACCUGCUGGACGUCAGUGGCGCUGGGACCCUGUCGCACAGCUACCAGUAUGAGGUGUGUCUGGCGGGGGGCGCUGGCACCAAUGAGUUCAAGUUCCUCAAGCCUAUCUUGCCAGAUUUCCAGGAUCACGUUACUGGGACCAAUAGUGAAGAAAACCCCACAUUCCGCAAUAGCAUUGGAUUUAAUUUUCAGUAAAGGUUUCUUUUAUGUUUCUAUGUACUUUUGAAUUAUUUCACUAUUAUGAUUUUAAUUUAGUUUGAUGGUUCAUAGUUUUUAAUCACUUUCAUUAAGCCAAAUUUCAAUUACUAUUUUUGCGUUGUUAUAUUUUUAUUUAUAUUUUGCAUUAAUUUAUUUUAACUUCAAUUUUCAUGACAUUUUUAAACAAGACUAGUAAGGCUUAAUACUUUCAAAAUGUACAGGACUGUUAUUUCUUAUUUUAAAAACUGAGAGUUUUGAUUAUUCUAGUAUAUUCUGUAUACUGCAUUUAAUUUCCUUAACUACUUGGAACCUCCAUCAUGUAUGAGAGAUGCACCUGUACUUUUGUUCAUAUUUAGUCUCAUUUUCUCUUUUCAUGCUGUGCAAACUUAUCUAGUAUUUAAAAGGAAAUAUUUGUUACUCUGCUGAUGAUAAGAUGAAAUGGGUCAUUUUGAGCUAUAUUGAACUCCAUUAAUCUUAUGCUUAUAUUGUUUUGUCUUCUUUAAAUAUGCUACCAAUGACCUGAUAAUAUUUUACAUUUUUUAACCAUAGCCUAUCCUUAGUCUAUCUUCAUGUUUGUCCCAAAUUUAAAUAUAAUUUAAUAAAAUGAAUGAGGACAUAAAAAUAUUUGGAAUUUUGUGAUGUUAUUAUUAGAAUAUAUUGUUUAAUUUAAUACAUUUAUUUUUCAACUUUAUUGGGAGUUGUCACUUCUAGUGACUCUCAUGGUUUACUCUUGUUCCAUGCUUAGGGAUCUCUUGUAGCUGUGUUCUGUGGACCAUAUGCAGUGGUAGGGAUUGAACCAGGGUCUGUGACAUGUAAAGCAAGUGCCCUGUAGUAUCUUCCUAGCCCAUAAAUUAUUUUUAUUUUAAAAUUUAAAAAUAAAGUUGAACUAAGAAUCAUAAAGAACUCUGGCAGAAAUUUCCCUGGACUUCAUUACUAAAAUACAGAAAUCCAAGACCUCAUAUCUCUUAAUUGUCAGCAAUGUAAAACAUUAUCAAAUGGUUCCUUUUUAGCAGGUCUGACUUUGGGGGAAACUCCAAAUAAUAAUAGUGAGUUUUUGUU